AUGCCGAGCCCCACAUUGCCGCCGCCGUACAAGUGGCCUCCUAUCGUGUUCAAUCCAGAAGGUAUCCGGGAGCUUUCUUGCGCUAGGGCAUCGCAGAACGCCCUGUGGGUGAUGAAGCUGUCCCGCCUGGAAGAAUACAAACAAUGGAAGGUCAGUCGAGCCAGAUAUCGCAACGUUUUCUAGGAUAAGAAUGAUUUGGUCGCUGUUCACAGGCACUUCGUUGACUUUUUGCCGAACGGAGACUUCAAACGAUCAGACCCAAGUGCUCUCAUCCAUAGUGACAAUCUUUUCCGAGUAUCAAGAACUAUCAAGUGUCAUCGGGUAACGGCGAGCAAGAGGGAGAGACCACCACUGAGCUGGUUCUAAGGAAAAGCCGGGAACGACUCACCGGUGGUUUCAAGCACAGAAUGGGGUUUCCCCCUCUAUGUCAGUUGGCUUGCCAGUGGCGCAACUGAUACUUCCGAGGGUUUUUUCCCCCUUGGAUCAGUUGCGCCACUAGCAAGCCAUUAACGUAGAAAUAUCAUCCAUAAAAUGAAAGAAAAAACAGAACGAGCUGGGGGAAUGAAUGCCGGUGAAAGAAAAGCUUGCCAAAAUCAUGUAAACUACCCAUCCGGGGGAAGCUGCCGCCAUAGAUAUCAAAGCCCAGCAAGAACUGGUGAUACCCUAUCUAUGUCUGGUCAAGAAUAUUGGCUUUCCCACGGUCUUCUCUCCUCGAUUGUUGAAGAGAGAAGGAAGCUCCAUGUAGACGGAAGAGGCAGAUAUUAGGAGUAGCCUCCAUAUUUUUCAUAGUUUUUCGUGCAAGUGUGGACAGGCCAUAUCUGCAGGGACCGAGCGACCUGCACGUUGCAGGGCUGGCUAACCAGAAGAAACAAGAUUUGCUGAAAUCUUGGGCAAAUGGCAGCACGUGAAUAGAGAGACAUUAAGGGCCGGGGGGUGGGCGAAGGCGAGGGGAGCUAGGCGUUGAUUCCAACGUUGAAAAGAUGACUGCCUUUUUUUCGAAAUUUGUAAAAUCCGUAGGCUAUAUACACUUGAAAGGCGAACUCACGGGAGUGCAGUUCCACGGGCUUACUGAACCUCGUUUUCUCUCUCUGACUCCUCUCAUAAGAUCGAGGGUUUCCCUACCCUCUGCCACCACGGAGUCCAACAAUAACAAACCUAACCCUAACCCUCAGUAUGCCACGAAAGGAAACAAACACCCGGUUAUCACCAAAACUCACGAACUCGUAGGGGGGAUGACAAAACCGCGAUUGACAGUAAUGGGCUAGGGAGAGAGAGAGGAUCCAUACCGAGAGAAGAGGGUACCGCAGUCGCAGCGGUACUCCCUGGUGCCGCAGGUCUUGGAGUGGGCCUUCCAGUCGGACUGCACGGCGUAGCGCUUGGAGCACUUCUCGCACUUCCACUUCUUCUCCCCGUGCUUCCUCAAGUAGUGCUUCUUGAUGCCGGUGAGGUCACCGAGGGCGCGGGACGGGUCGUGGUGGACGCAGGUGGGUUCUGGGCAGAGGUAGACCCGCUUCUUCACCUCCUUUGUACUCUUCUGCCGCAGCUUCCAGGGAAGGUUGUGGCCUCUCCGAUGCAACUGCAGAUUCUGCUCCCUCUGGAAGCCCUUGUUACACACUUCGCAUAUGAAUCUGUUCGUCGCCAUCAGAGUCUUGGGCGACAAAGCUAUCACCUCCGCGUCCGGAUCUGUGGAUGAUUCUUCAGCGUGAGUUUUUUGAGAUCGAUAUUGAAAUUCACCGGUAAAUAAUGCAGGAGAACAAUCCAGAUACAAUGGAGAGAAGAGAUGGAAGAGAGAAAAACAUCUGAUGGGUUGGAGGAGGGAUUUUCUCCAUGUACUUGUGAAAUAAGAUUGAAACACGAACAAGAAUAAUUUAGAUGGAGUGACGAGAAGAGAUAGAAGAGAUAUGGUUUCUAUAAGUCUAAUAAAAGACGAACUUUUUCCAACUAAGCCGUGAAAUAAGAGAGAAACAUGAAGUCCGUACAGUUUAAAUAAGAAGAAAAAACUCAACAGGACUCAACAGGAGGAAGAAUUCAAUUGUCUUGGGUUCACCUGAGUUGAUUUGGAAUGAUACUAGAAUAAAAUAGAUGGCGGCCAUCAUCAACACAAGAAGAUAUUGGAAACUCGCUUGGAUUUGGGGCAAUCGAAGAUGGGAUCAUUUGAUGAGUGUAAGAGAGAUAAGAAGAAUGAAAGUACGAAAAAAAAAUCCUUUGAGGAGGGCCGUUGCUCCAACUCCAAUGAUAGAGAUUGUGGGCCUUUUCUUUUAAUCAGAGAUUUGAAGGCCUGAGAAGAAAACCAUGGAAUGAAAUGGAUUUGAGAAAACCACUCAUGCAGCCACACGUAGAGAUAUCUUCCUUCCGACGAAAUUACUUUGGAAUCAAGAGGAGCGAGACAUGACUAAGUAUGACGAGCUGGUGUGUAGAUACUUGCUUGGUGUUCCAGGAAGAUUUCUCUUUUUCUUCUGGGGGGCUGUCGGCGGAGCAGCUGCAGAAGAAGGUGGUGUUGAUGAAGACUGCUGCUGCUUCAUCUGA